CAGAACUGUGGCCUGGAGUGGCUGACCAGGUUUCUGAAGAGAUAGGUCUAGCAUUGUCUCCCAGAUCCAGGCAACACCUCAGCUUGUGGGAACAGCUGUGCUCAUCUUGACAGACCGUGUGCUAUACAUUUUUUGCUAGUAAAGCUUGCUGGGUGGGUAUAAAUAGUUGUUGGGAUAUUUUCUUUUCUUACUUCUCCCCACUGCUGGGCAUCACUUUAGUUUUCAAUAAGGAGAAGAGACUUAAGGGUGGGGAGGAGAUUUUUUAAAAAUUAUUUUUACCCACUCCCCGAACCCAAACUAUAAAGUCAUUCUUAAAGUAUGGUUUGCAGUAUCAACAGCCGCUGAGAAUUCCAAGAGAAUUAACAGGGUUGCAAAGCAAAUAAACUCGAGCCUUUGACAAGUGUAUCUUGUAGAGUUAAUUGUAUAUAACAUUAGUUCACCAGUGACCCAAAGUGGAUCAUACAUUAAAUGCAUACGGGCACUUCCAGGGUAUCCAAUUUUUCUUGUUAAAAUAGCAACCAUGGCAGUGGCGAUGGAGGAAUCAGAAUCAUGGCAUGUGGGAAGAGAGAGAGUUAAACCUUAAGCACCCACAGUUCUUAUCAGCCUCCCUAUGGUUGCUAUUUAAAUAAGAAAAUCAUACAUAUUGAACAUAUAAUCUUGUUUGGCCCUCUUUGUGAAAAGCCAGUGAGCUGGCCAUUAAGAACAAGCAAAGCAACACCCCUUCACAGUCCCAUGGCACCCCUGUGGCUGGUUCACCUUACCACAAGCCAACUCUUACUAUCCAUUUUAAGGCCUUUCUCUAAAUCCUACGUAUGACAUGCUGAAACCAAGUCAUAUCAGUGGAAUGUUUGCCCUAUCAAGGCAUUAUCAAAAUACAGAUACCCAAAUUUAGUUCUACUUUGGGGAACAGAAUGCUCUGUUAUUUAGAUCAUACAUGGUGGAACCUAAUAAAUUAAGUGGGAAUGUAUUCCUAAUUGACAUCACUACAGCGUUUAACUAUAAUCUAGCAUUUCCUUUGGAAGACUCUAACAUGUAACCUUUCAAUACAAACACACUCUAGAUAGUAUAGGUGAAGCCACCUCACCUCCAAUCAAUGGAACCUCUUUCUUUCUGGAUCGGGUUUAGCUGAAGUAAGACUGAUAUUCUCUCGGUACAAAAGGGACAAUUUGAAAAGACUCUUGUCAACACAUGUCACAGAUAAUUGUGACCUAGCAGCUUUAUUUGGUGACAUCACUCCUUGUACCCAGAGUAGGGUCUUCAACAACUGGGCAAAGAGUCCUCUACGCUUAUACCAUCUUCCUUAAUUCCAGACAAGCCUGGCCCCAAAAAUGAGGAUGCAGUUUACAGAAAAGAACCACAACAGUUUUAUGAUGCAGGCCCUCAACAAACAGAGAAAGAACCGGGAGUUUUGUGAUGUGGCCCUCAGUGUGGACCAGAAAGUCUUCUAUGCCCACCUCAAUGUUUUAGCAGCCAUGUCCUCCCAUAUUAGGAAUCUGAUAUCCAGCAAUGACAUGAAAGCGGAUGAUGAACUCUUUAUUAUCAUUGAUGCCAAGUUCCUGAGCUCUGAGUUGGUGGAGCAAUUGCUCGACUACUUCUAUACUGGGAAGAUUGUAAUUUCUGAGAAGAAUGUGGAGGACCUGCUGAAGGGAGCCAAGUAUUUCAGUUCCCCAUCUCUAAGGAACCACUGUUCUGACUUCCUCCUUAGGUCCCUUAAGAAGAACAACUGCCUCUACUACAUGCUCCUGGCCACCUCAUAUGAUAUGAAAGAUGUGGCAAAUGCUGCUUAUGAUGGUAUACGAGACAACUUCAACUACUGGGCAGGCCCUGGCAUAACAGACUUCAUGCACUGCCCCCCUAACGUCUUCAGCAGGCUCCUUAAGGAUGAACAUCUUCAUGUACAAAACGAGGACCAGACUCUCUCAACCCUCCUCCAGUGGGUGAAAUACAGAAAGGCUGAAAGGGAGAAGUAUUUUAAGAAGUAUUUUACCUACAUUCAUUUAUCCGCUGUCUCCACCAGUACGCUUCUGUCCACUUGCCGUGAAGUGUUACUCUUUGCAGACCACACUGGUCCCCUGUCCCGGAUAGAGAGCACUUUGAGUGAUCGUAAAAAGGGCAAUCCUCAAAGCCUGAUGCUUCAACAAAGGAAAGGGGCCUUAAUGGACUCUGUGGUGAUCUUAGGAGGGCAAAAAGAGCAGGGUAAGUUCAACAGUGGGGUUUUCGCUUAUAUCAUUGGAGAGAACAUCUGGCUAAAGCUGACAGAGAUGCCUUACAAAGCAGCCGCUCUCAGUGCAACAUCGCUAGGGAGAUACAUUUAUGUUUCUGGAGGAACAACAGAGCAGAUCUCUGGCUUGAAAACAGCUUGGAAGUACGAUAUAGAUACUAACUCCUGGAUCAAACUUCCGGAUCUGCCUAUAGGUUUGGUCUUCCACACCAUGGUGACUUGUGGGGGGGCAGUGUACUCUGUAGGAGGAAGCACAGCCCCAAGGAAGUACAUUUCAAGUAUCUACAAGUACGACGAAGGGAAAGAGAAGUGGAUUCUUGCUGGAAAGAUGAGUAUUCCUAUGGAUGCAACCGCAUUGAUCACCAAGGGAGACAAGACUAUUUACAUUGUGACAGGAAGGUGCUUGGUGAAUGGGCGCUUCUCCCGAGUAGGUGUGCUGGACUGCUUUGACACUCAGACCAAGAAUGUGGUGCAGUACAUCACGUUUCCCAUUCAGUUCAAUCACAAGCCCUUGCUGUCCUUUCCUCAGGAGAAUGUCUUGAGCAUACAGAGCCACAAAGAGAGCUUGGAAAUAAACCUGCAGAAGAUCAAAAUGAGCAAAUCCACAAAACUUGUCCCACUCUUGCCGAAUAACUACAGCUUGGAUCUUUCGCAUGCAGUGUGCUCAAUUGGGGAUAACAAGGUGUUUGUGUGUGGUGGCCUGAUCUGCCCAGGUGACACGCGCCCAGAGGAGUAUGCCAUCAACCGGCAUGCAUAUAUGUUAGAUCAGAGUCUAGGGGAAUGGAGGGUUUUGGCUCAGCCUCCAGAAGCUCUGGACUGCCCUGCUUGCUGUACAGCUAAGUUGCCAUGCAAGAUUCUCCAAAAAACUGUAGUCAAUUAAUAAGGGAAGACAAAAACAAACCAGAAUUUCUAGCAAUAAAGAAUGACUGAAUUGUAAAUCACAGGUAAACACCAGGUUUCUUCCCUUCGUCUCUUUAUCAUGUACUUUGUUCGGCAGUGUAACUAGGGUGGGCAGAACCAACCAAGACAGGGGAACAAAUGGGUCAUGUACUGAUAGUUUAAAAGGUAAGAUUGUGUCAUGUUUUCUUUUCAGCAUGGAAUAC